AUGAGCGGACAACCACCAAAUUACUAUGGCAUCCUUGAGGUGGCCGAGAACGCCACAACACAGCAGAUCCGCGAUGCUUACAAGCGUGCUGCGCUGAAAACCCACCCCGACCGGGUGCCCGCCGAGUCUCCUGAACGAGAGGCCCGGACGCGCAGGUUCCAGCUCGUCAACGACGCCUACUACACCCUCUCCGACGACACAAGGCGGCGCGAGUACGACGCCCAGCGCCGCAUGUUCCGCGGCUCUUCCAGCUCCUACUCGGACCCCUUCGCCGAGGCCGAGGCCUCGAGCGGCGGCAACGCCUCCCAGAGCAACGAGCAGAACACCUACUCGUGGGCCUGGAACUUCUUUACGGGCCGCGGUGCCGCUGCCGGUGCCGACGGGCAGGCGCGCCAGCAGGCCGAGGACCAGCAGUUCGGCGACGUCUUUGAGGAGAUGCUGCGCGAGGAGGGCAUGGCGGAGGAAGGCAACAACCAGCCCACAGGUAAGUUCUGGGGUGUUCUCGGCGGUGUCAGCGGCGGCGCCCUCGGCUUCAUCGUCGCCAACGUCCCGGGCAUGCUGGCCGGCGCCGUGGCCGGCAACCGGCUGGGCGCCGUGCGGGACGCCAAGGGCAAGAGCGUCUACGCCGUCUUCCAGCCUGCCUACCCCUCCAGAGCUUCACCUUUGCAAACAAAACAGACAUUCCUACUCGUCUUCCUCCUUCUGGACCUUUGGCGAUCCUUGCAUCAGCGCAUUGCGGACCGGUCUUUUGCACACGGCGUCAUAGCCCCAACCGUCAUCAUGUCGAAACCCUACGUUUCGGUCGAGUCGACCUCGCAAUUCAACUCUCUACUAAAGUCUUCCAAGAUCGUCGUAGUAGACUUCUAUGCCGACUGGUGCGGACCCUGCAAGCAGAUCGCGCCCCUCUACGAGUCGCUGGCCAAGGCUCUCUCCCGCCCCAACGUCAUCACCUUCACCAAGGUCGACACCGAGGCCCAGCCCGAGCUCGCGAGCACCUACAGCAUCACGGCGCUGCCCACGUUCCUCGUCUUCCGCGACGGCAAGGUCGCCAACCGCGUCCAGGGCGCGAACCCGCAGGAGCUCAAGUCGAUUAUUCAGCAGCUCCAGGCCGAGGCCGACAACGCCGGCAGCAGCAGCGGCGGCGGUGCGAGCGGGUCAGGAGGAGCCGGCGGCGGCGGCUGGCGCGGCGCCGAGCUCCCGCGCAACUACAGGGACAUCACGGACCAGAUCGAGAUCCCGCGCUGCGAGCUGCUCAACGUCGACUCGGACGCCGGAGGGGUGCGCGUGCUGUUCUCGGGCGAUAGGCCGAGCGCGCUGGGCGGUGGCGGCGGCCAGGGCAAGGAGAAGGACUGGGUGGAGAGCGACACGGACGAGCAGCUCAUGCUGUUCAUGCCCUUCCAGUCUAUGAUCAAGCUGCAUACUCUGCAGAUCACAUCCCUCCCUCCCCAGGACGACGACGACGAUGAGACACCCAUGCGGCCGCGGCACAUCAAGCUCUACAGCAACAAGCCGCACAACCUGGGCUUCGACGAGGCCGAGGACACGGCGGCGACGCAGGACAUCGAGCUGUCGGAGGAGGACUGGAACAAGGACGGCACGGCCAGCGUGGCGCUGCGGUUCGUCAAGUUCCAGAACAUCAACAGCCUCGUCGUCUUUGUCGUGUCGGGCGACGGCGACUCGGAGAAGGUGCGCAUCGACAGGCUGCGGCUCAUUGGCGACGCCGGCGAGAAGCGCGAGAUGGGCAAGCUGGAGAAGAUUGGCGACGAGCCGGGCGAGUAA